ACAUUUUAGGUAGACCGACACUUUCUUGGUUUCUUCUGUGUGAAUGCGUACACCAAUCUGUACCUACUUCAUACUUCUCUCUUAAAUAUUCCUCACUUUCAGAUUUCAUUUUUCUAAAUUUCGGUAUUUUUAUAGAUAAUAUAAGUUGUUAAUUCUACCUGUUGUGAUGGCGAAUUCUGAGGAAUCUAGCCCCCUUCUGACAAAGCAAAAUCAAGAACAAGAAACGAAGGAUGAAAAGGAAUUGAACACCAAGGCGAAACACGGAGCAGCUCCUCCGCUUGCGGAGGCCAUGAAGCAAUCGACACCGGCGGUGCCAAUGGGCUGGACUGCUGAUGGGGUGCCUCUGAGCUUGAUAGGUGAGCCCAUGGUGCAAAGGGCCCAGUGGGAUUCCGGCCUUUUCUCUUGUCUUGGAAGGAACGAUGAGUUCUGCAGCAGCGAUCUUGAAGUUUGUUUGCUAGGAAGCGUGGCUCCAUGUGUGCUCUAUGGGAGCAACGUUGAGAGGCUCGGAUCAGCUCCUGGUGCUUUUACCAAUCACUGCUUGCCUUACACUGGUCUUUACUUUAUUGGGAAUUCGUUAUUUGGCUGGAAUUGCCUCGCGCCUUGGUUUUCAUAUCCCGCCCGCACAGCUAUUCGACGGAAGUUUAACCUAGAGGGCAGCUGCGAGGCGCUUGCCAGAUCCUGUGGAUGCUGUGGAAGCCUUGUGGAUGAUGAGAUUCAACGUGAACAAUGUGAAUCAGCCUGUGAUUUUGCAACUCACGUCUUCUGCCAUGCAUGUGCCCUUUGCCAGGAAGGUCGUGAGGUUCGCCGUAGGCUUCCUCAUCCCGGGUUCAAUGCCCAACCAGUCUUGGUCAUGAUUCCACCUGGCGCACAGACCAUGGGUCGUGGGGCCUAAGUAUCUGUCUCAGCACACCCGACUUGGAUAUUUCUAUAAUCGUGGUACUUAUAAGCAGAACCUCUAUUCAACUGAAGUACGUAAAAAUCGUGUUUGAAACUCUUCACUUUGUCAAAAAAACGCAGUGAGAAUGGUGAUAUCAUUAUAUUGUGUUUGUUUAUAACAUGUAUAAGUAGCAUCGACGAUUACCUAUAGGAAAAACGAAAAUUUGUUGCGACUUUUGCCUGGACAAAAGCGUUGGUUGUGUAUUUGAUGAUUUUACAGUCGUAUCUAUUACAAUGCAUAAACCCUUUUUAUA